AUGGUGGAGAGGAGGUAUGGUCCCUGUGCCAGCCAUGGCUUCUUCCUCCUACGGCUGCUGCUGGCGUUCUUGUUCUUCUUCUCCUUUAUUGAUGUGCCACCGGCCGCCGCCGCCGCCGCCACCACCACCACGCAAUCGCCUCCACUGACCGACACGCAAAAGUCCAUCAUGAAUGAUAUUGCGAGUCUGGUGAACUCUGAAUCCGCUUCCGCCAACACCAGGUGGAACGCUGCAGACAAUCCAUGCAACUGGACAGGAAUCAGUUGCAGAAAUUCCAGCUCUUUCUCGGCCGUCACUAGCAUCAGCUUGUCAAACUUUGGCCUAUCCGACUCCUCCAUUUUUGCCCACCUUUGCCGGCUUGACACCUUGCAGUCCCUUGACCUCUCCCGAAAUUCCUUCACAAAUUUGUCCGCCCAGUUCUUCGCCAAUUCUUCUUGCUCCAUGAAAAAAGGGUUGCUGUCACUUAAUCUGAGCACCAAUCAGUUGGCUAAUUCGCUCAGUGAUUUAUCCCACCACUUCCCCCAGCUAGAAGUUCUUGAUUUGUCCUUCAAUUCCUUUUCCAGUAGAAGUCUGAGUGCAGACUUGGGUUCUUUUCCCAAAUUAAGGAGCUUCAACGCUAGUACCAAUAAGUUGAGUGGUGAUGUUCCUACCAGUAUGGUCAGCUCUUUAGCGGAGUUGGUAUUGUCUCGUAAUCAGUUGAAUGGUUCAAUCCCUCCGGGCUUGUUUAAAUAUGAAAAUCUCACUCUGCUGGAUCUCAUCCAGAAUAACCUGACUGGUGUUGUCCCAGAUAACUUCACGAGUCUCUCCAAGCUCGAGACUUUGCUCCUUUCAGACAAUUUACUGACUGGGGAAAUACCAGCGAGUCUGUCGAAUGUGACAACGCUGACUAGGUUUGCAGCCAACCAGAACAAUUUGCUCGGUUCGAUCCCCCCUGGUGUUACCAAAUAUGUGAAGAUGCUGGAUUUGAGUUACAAUGAUAUCAGUGGGAAUAUCCCUGCGGAUCUCUUCUUUGGUAUGAAUUUGGAGACGAUUGAUCUCACAAGCAACAAUCUUGAAGGGUACGUUGAUGCCAAGUUUUCUAGAAGUCUCUACCGCCUUCGUCUUGGUACAAACAAGCUCAGUGGGGAAAUCCCAGGCACGAUUAGUAAUGCCUCAAACUUGGCUUAUCUUGAGUUGGACAACAAUCAUUUGGAGGGCAAUAUCCCCCUUAACCUUGGUGGAUGCAAGAACUUGACCCUUUUGAAUCUGGCAUCAAAUAGGCUACAAGGUCAAGUGCCAAAUGAGAUUGGCAACCUUAAGAAUCUGGUUGUUCUGAAGCUUCAGAUGAACAAUUUAAGUGGAUCUAUUCCAAGUACUUUUUCCAAUUUCAUAAACCUGAAUGCAUUGAAUCUUAGUUACAACUCAUUCAGUGGUUCUAUACCAGAUGGAAUUAUGAAGUUACAAAAUCUUUCCAGCAUGAAUUUGCAAGCCAAUAAGAUUGACGGCGUGAUUCCAAAUUCAAUCUCAUCGCUGAAGAUCCUAAUCGAGCUGAACCUGGGGAACAACCUGCUAACAGGCUCCAUCCCUGAAAUGCCAGCCAGCUUGAGUACAGCACUUAAUCUUAGCCACAACCUUCUCAGCGGGAAUAUUCCUUCAAAUAUUGGCUUUUUAAGGGAACUAGAGAUUCUUGAUCUUUCAUACAACAACUUGUCAGGUCAGGUACCAUCAUCAUUUGUGAAUCUUAAUAGCUUGACAGAGUUGGUUCUUGCUUAUAACCAACUCUCUGGGUUCCUUCCGACACUUCCUAAACAUGCGGCAGUCAAUAUCACUGGAAAUCCUGGACUUACAAAUACAAAUAGCAAUAAUAUGGACACUGGUAGUAAGAAAAAAAGGCACACUAUUCUAAUAAUCAUCAUUGCUCUGGCUGGUGCUCUUAUUGGAUUGUGUUUGCUUGCUAUUAUUGUUACAUUGUCAUUGUCCAAAAAAGUUUAUCGUAUUGAAGACGAACAAUCACCAUCUGAAGACGGUGUUGCUCAAAUCACCAGUGGUCGUCUUGUAACCAUGAAUAGCAUACACGCCUCUGCAAUUGAUUUUAUGAAAGCAAUGGAAGCAGUCUCCAAUUACAGCAAUAUCUUUCUGAAGACACGGUUCUGCACCUACUACAAGGCUGUUAUGCCUAAUGGUUCAACCUACUCUGUGAAGAAGCUUAACUGGAGUGACAAAAUCUUUCAAAUUGGGAGCCAAGAAAAGUUUGGUCAUGAAAUUGAGGUACUUGGAAAGCUGAGCAAUUCCAAUGUAAUGGUGCCAUUAGCUUAUGUGUUAACAGAGGACAACGCAUACCUUCUCUAUGAGCAUGUACACAAGGGCACAGUCUUUGACUUCCUCCAUGGUGCAAAGUCAGAUAUUCUGGACUGGCCUUCACGAUAUAGCAUUGCUUUGGGGGUGGCCCAAGGGCUUACCUUUCUUCAUGGGUGCACUCAGCCGGUUCUACUUCUUGACCUGUCGACUAGGACUAUCCACUUGAAAUCAGUGAAUGAACCUCAGAUUGGUGAUAUUGAGCUUUACAAAAUUAUUGAUCCUUCUAAGAGCACAGGGAGCCUUUCAACCAUUGCUGGGACAGUUGGUUAUAUUCCACCAGAGUAUGCAUACACUAUGAGGUUGACGAUGGCUGGCAAUGUUUAUAGCUUUGGAGUCAUUUUACUGGAGCUGCUGACAGGAAAACCAUCGGUCAGUGAUGGCACUGAGUUAGCCAAGUGGGCUCUCAGUCUUUCAGGCAGACCUGAUCAAAGGGAGCAGAUCCUUGACACCAGGGUCUCAGGAACCUCAAUUGCCGUUCAUAGCCAGAUGCUGUCGGUCCUGAACAUUGCUCUCUCUUGUGUUGCAUUCUCUCCAGACGCACGGCCAAAGAUGCGCAACGUCUUAAGGAUGCUCUUCAAUGCAAAGUGA